CCAUCUUAGGAUAACGAACUAGAAGCUUUCUGAACUAGGUAGGGAGAGAGCAGCUGCGGAGGACGUGUAUACGCAAGUGAUAUACUUGGUCGGUUCUUCCAAGUAUAUUACUUUUGUAUACACUUCCAUCUCCGAACCGCUAGACAACUCUCAAGACCUCUUUAUUUUUAAGAGCCGGCUGAAUAUAGUGAAUAUUGCAGUAUAAAUUCCUUGAAAUAAUGCCAUCCUCCUGCUACAUAGACAACACUCCUUCCAAAAGUCCGCAGCACCCUUCAGAGCGUAAAAAUGGAUUCAACAAGCAGCCCGACAAACCUAAAAAAGAAGUGCCCUGUGAUUGUGAAGUUUCUGUGGAGAAGCUGUGUUCUCAGGAAAGCCUGACCGCGCUAAUUGAGGUUCUGGACAAGGAUGUAAAAAAACUUGAAGUAGUCUCAAAAUUUGUCCAAAUCCAUAAGGAGGAGUUGAUAAAAUGGAAGAACAGUGCCUAUUAUCUGCUGUUGGGUGAUCUUGACGACACCAUCUACAUGGGCGAGGAGUACAUGCAGGAAGCCUGGGAAGAGGUAUAUCUUCCAAAAAUCACAAGAAUGCAGGUGUUUGGAACACUAGAGCACUCUAAGGUCAUGGUUUCCUGUAUGCAGUGGAUCAUACUGGUGGGAGAAGAUGGAUGUGUCUAUGCUUAUAUGGAGGAAAAGCUGCAGUUAAUUGCAAAAAGUCUGAGAGAGUUUGUAGAAAAUGGCAAGAAAAAAACGUAUUUAACAUACAAUUAUCCUGAAUUCAGUGAAGAGGAAGAUGAAUCUCUGGAAGAAGAUGAAGAAAUACUGAAAAUCAGGCAAGAAACAAAGGACUUUGUGGACAAAAGUGCAGAUGAGCUUGAAGAUUUCCUGAAAUUUGUAUCCAAAUCAUAAAGUGGAAUCGCACCAAAAGAAAAAGAACCCUUGUUCUACAGUAAGGUGGUGUCCAGUUCAUUGAUGGAAAUGUGUGUAUUUUGUUACCACAUUUUAACUUCAAGAACUAAACUGCACAUUACUAUAAAACAUGAAAGGGGCGUGCGCGUCCCGACUCCUAACAGAGCCUGCAGAUUAUUUGCUACUCGCUGUCAUCGCCUGACAGUUCAUGUAUGCCGUACUGCAAAGGGAAGCAGUAUAGAGAUCACGUACGGUACACACCAUCAGGAGAUGCUAAGAAUAUUAAGGGGUAUCCAUCAGCAGAUUUGUACCUAAUGGCUGACCUGUUACACGUGCACUUGGCAGCUGAAGGCAUCUGUGUUGGUCCCAUGUUCAUAUGUGCCUG